AUGCGUGGCAUGUUAGAUUAUGGUCCGAUCCCGUGCCAUACCAAACUCUUAAAUUUCGUUCAACUAUCGUCUCUUGCUUGCCUUUAAAAACCGAUUUCAACCAUAAACCAAACCCAAUUUCCGUAGUUAUUUCUUCAUUCUUUUUCUCUAAUUUCGGUGUGGUAAUGGCGACUACUGAGUUGAAAUCUGAUAACUUGUUUGAGAUGAUGAAAAUUCACUUGGAUUCUGAUGCUGGUAAAGAGCUCAUCAAGAACAUCGGCCUCGUUUACCAAAUCAAUAUUGCCCCUAAGGUUGAACAUCGGGUUUACCAAAUCAAUAUUGCCCCUAAGAAAAUUGGGUUUGAUGAGGUUUCUUACAUUGUUGAUCUCAAGAAAGGAGAGGUUACCAAAGGUAAAUAUGAAGGGGGAAAGCCUGAUGCUACGUUUUCGUUCAAGGAUGAUGAUUUUAUAAAGGUUGCCACUGGGAAGAUGAAUCCCCAGAUUGCUUUUAUGAGGGGUGCAAUGAAGAUUAAGGGAAGCUUGAGUGCAGCUCAAAAAUUUACUCCUGACAUUUUUCCAAAGCCUGCAAAGAUGUGAUCAGAGAUGCUUCUUUACUAUUGUAUUACCAGAUUCUUUUGUUGCAAAAGUUUAAGUUAAAUGGAACCUAUCUAUGAACCUCUUAUUACUGAUAAAAAAAUUAUAACAUUUGUUUUAAUGCUUUACAUUACUAGCUUAUCACAUACGAUGGCUUCUUGUUAUGGAUUAGGAUUCUAAAAGCUCCAAAGUUCUUUUUAUAGAUGAA